GUAGGUAGAAGACGAUUGAAGAUUUGCCACAAAAAAAUUCGCAGCUUAGGGGGAAUAGGAGCAUCCCAGAGGCGAAUCCAGAUGGGUCUAUCCAUCUACCUCACUACCGAGCGCCACUUACCUUCUUUUUUAUCUAGUAAGAUAGCCAGAUGGUAAGCUGAUUUCACCGUAAAAAUCCCAUUUGCCGUUUCAUGUCAAACAAGGCGAUCAUUGAUCACCCCAGACAAAUGUAAUUGCCUCAAAAUGAGUCACAAAAUUGCUUCAUUCAAAUUUUCUACUGCCAAACAAGUCAAUAUUGCACAAUUGUCUCAAAACAAGGCAAUUGUGUCAAAUUCAUUCAUUAGAAUUCCUCGUCCAAAUCACCCAAAAUAUUUUUUUGAGCAACUUGUUUGGUAGGUAGGUCCAAACCUUCAGCCGCUAUGGAUAACAUAAAAAAGUUCACCAUGAAUUCGCCCUUCAAUACUGUAAAAAAAAAAUUCGCCCUUCAAUGUUCAAUCAGUCCGCUGUCUAGGGAUGGCAAUGGGUCGGGUCGGGGGCGGAUAGUGCAUAUCCGUUACCCUACCCAAAGUAGUUCGGGUUUUACCCAUACCAAUACCCACAUGUGAAACGGGUAGAAAAUCAAAACCAUGCCCAUACCCGUUCGGGUUUCGGGUAUCCACGGUUAUCCAUGGGUAAUCAUUUCUCUUCAUAACUUCAACCAAUAUGUUCACAUUCACACGAAUUCUCACAUUACGUACGAGGAAAAGUACGACAAUAACUCACUAGAAUGAAGAAAAUUAAUUAAAACAACACAAUUUCAUGAAAAUAAUAUACUUAUAUGCUAAAUAUAAAAUAUUUUAGAGAAAAAUAAUGAUUAUAUCUAGAGAAAAUACAUAUGCAUUUGUAUAAUCGGGCGGGUUCGGGUUGGAUAGUGAGAAAUCCAUUACCACCCAUUACCCACAAUAUUCGGGUUCGGGCUUUUACCCGUACCCACUAAAUGUCUUUCGGGUUCGGGUUUUACCCUAUCCAAUUAGGUCGGAUUCGGGAGGAUAUCCACGGUUACGGAUAUUUUUGCCAUCCGCUGUCCCCUCCUUGCGCGCGCUAGUCAAAAGUCAGCCCUUUGUUGCUUCACUUCUAUUCUAUUCUAUUCUAUUCUAUUCUAUUCUUUUUACUGAACCAUCACCAUUCACCAGUGAUUAUACGAAGGGGAAGGGGGAAAAUGCGCGCUGAAAGCAACUCCUCGUGCGGAUAUGGUCCACCAAAUCAUAUCUUCUUGACCUCGCUCUUCCGAUCGACGGAUCACCAGCAGGUCGGAACUUGCAGUCCCGGUGGAACUGGUUCCUGUUUCUUUAGAGACUACGCCGCCAGGGAGUUCAAUAUCUUGUUAUGGGUUUCGCUCAUCGCAAUCACCGCUCUGUUGCUCGAGAGGGUUCUUCAGUUGUUCCGGUUGUGGGUAAUGGCUAGGAAGAUCCCCGGCCCGCCUUGUACCUCCUUCUUCGGCCAUGGCGGCGGCGGCAGCUUCCUUUCUCGCGAGAAUUUCAUGGGUGAGCGAGUCGGUUGAUAUACCGCUUCAUUUGACUUCACAAUUUAGGUGGAAAUGUUCAAUUCGGUGGAUCCUCUGUUUUGGUUGUUGAGAAAACGAGGGGAAGGCACUGAAAUAAUGCCGAUGAAGUGUUUGUUUCAAUUACUGUCCACCUUGCUUCGUGGCGUUUCGGGUAUAUGUGGAAUGAAAAGAUUUGGAUUUGUGGGGUGAAAAGAAAGUGAAACCCUGGCGCAUAAGCAUCUGGUUGCCAUUGUUAGCCGUCACUAAGUAUGUUCUAAUUUUACCUCCAUGAUUUCCCGCCAGCAAUGGGAGUUAAACUUACCUGAGACAUUGAUUUGUAUUUUCAGAAUUUGUAUCCCAGUCACACAACAAAUAUGGAUCAGUUUGCAAGUUAUGGCUGGGGCCUACUCAGCUUAUGGUAUCCAUAAAGGAUCCGAUGCUGGCAAGGGAGGUUCUUUCCAGGCUCAGGACAAAUUGCCCUUUACGGGGAAGGCUUUCCGUAUGCCAUUUGGACGAUCGAGCCUCUUUUUCUGCCCCUAUGAACAGGCAAAACAGAGAAGAGAAACAUUGGAACUAGAACUAAAUGGAAAAUUACUAGGGCGAGUUGUGAACUAUAUGAUGGAUAGGCUGGACAAGGGUAUGAGGUCUGGGAUUGUAGAUUGCAGAAUGUUUUCUCAACAUGCUGCAUUUUUUUAUCUGGGGACUUUGCUCUUCGGAGAUGCUUUUGUCACUUGGCCCAAGGCUACUUGUUAUGAGGAGCUUCUGAUGGAGAUCGCUAAAGAUGCUUCAUUCUGGGCUUCACAUACCAUCAAACCCUUUUGGAAAAAGGAGUUUUGGAGAUUCCAAUCCCUAUGUACAGAGUUGAAAACUUUGACUGGAGAGUUAAUGCAGCAAUGUAGGAAAAAUGACAAGAUAUAUUAUGGGAGUGGUCAGAUGUGUUAUGGCAAAACUGCUUCAUUUUCCAAGAAGGAUGGGAUAUUUUCUCCUAGGGAUUUCUUGCAGGAUCAGCUUUCCCUUCUGGAAAUCGACAGCCACCGGUAUUCAGCAGAAGAGUUAUGUGGGAACAUUAUGGGGAUCAUGUUUCAUGGGUGCCUGUCUAUGGCUGGUCUGAUUAGUGCUGUACUAGAAAGGCUGGCCACAAAUCCCAAGAUACAACACAAGGUAUACACACAAAUAACCAUGUUACGACAAGUUUCAGCAAAAGAAAGUCAUGGUGCUGUAAAUAUGCCCUUGUUAUUGGCUACAAUAUAUGAGUCAUCCCGUGUUCUGGCGACUGGACUUGUACUUCAGAUAUGUUCUUUAAAAGACGACUUGGAUCUAAAAUCUGGUGUCACCAUACCAGCGGGAGCUGUACUCAUGGUGCCUGUGCAGCUACUGCAUAUGGAGAAGUCUAAUUGGGGUUCUGAUGCUGAAAAAUUUAAACCUUACCGCUUUCUGUCAAAAUCUAGAGAGUCUUCGAAUUUAAUGCAAGAGUCAUUUGUUCCAGAGACUACAGAAGAAGUUAAUGCAACUGAAGGCCCACUGAUUCUGAAUGAUCCUACAAACAAUCUAGCAUUUCUUCCUUUUGGUUCUGGUGUAUGUGCCUGUGCGUGUCAGAAACCCGUGAUCACUGGAGUGGGUGCUAUGCUUGCUUCAUUGCUUGCAUCCUACGAGGUUCGUGCUUCGCCUCUUGGUUUAACAAAAAUGGUAUGCUCUUCUUUUGUUGGCUUUAUACCCAACAGUACUCUGCUUUAGUAAUCGAACAAGUGAAAACGAAUCAAUGCAUAGGUUAGUUGCUGUACAAUGCUUGAUGGGGAUAGCGUUUCGAUGCGUUCUUCCUUUUGUGUAUGCGAAUAUAUUGACCAUGAUGGUUAGAAUAUAUACUUCCAACUAGCUAGUUAAAGAAAACCCCGCAAACCUGGUUUUUCUGCUUUUCCAUCUUCUUUUAAUGAGAGAACUAUUCUAUUACCAGGUGUUUAGCUCUUCCUAACUUUAUUCAAAAAAAAAAAAAAAGCUCUUCCUAACAUCUUCUGUAAAGUUAUUGAUUCUGACUACUAUUUGACCCUAAAAAUCACAGGUGAGGAUCCAAUCAGGGUCAGGGAUGGACAUUAAAUCGACUGCUUCACAAAUCCUAUUUGUGAGGAGAAGCCACUGAAUAAUACAACAGAAAAAGAACAACAAAACAACGCAACUGCUGCCUGUAAAUAACGUAUAUGUCUACUGUGUUUAGUGCAAUGUUUCUCGGGUCCAUCAGUUAAUGAUAUGGUGGAGCCGUUUCCCAGUUUUCUUCUGCUCGCUACUUACCAUCAGGAAUGGAAGAGGAGGUUUUACUUACAUGAGUGCUGGUUCAACUGUUCAAGGGAGAGCGCCCGUCAUCACUGCCCGGGAGAGAAGGACCUGUUCAUAUUUGUUUCUGAAGAACCUGGUUGUGUCUUUUUUCUGAAGCAUUCUCUCUGCCCCCGGCCAAUUUGUGGUUUGCUGGUGAGAGCCCCUCGUGGUUUUCGUCCUCCCCCAUCAGAAGUGGUUUUUUAACGUAGCGUUUGUUGAUGUGAAGAACGUUUUUAGAAGGUUUUAUGCUUUUUUUACCUCCUCUGAAGGGGAGCGUUGGUGAUGUUGCUUUCUUGUAUCUGUAUCUUCAUGUUUGAUGUCGAAGAACAUCUUGGUACCUUGAAACAGACCAACAAGUACGUCCAACAGGUUGUGACCCGACGGGGUUGUAGUUUGGCGUGCUGAGUUACUGACAGUCUUCAAUGUAUUGAUAUUCAAGUAUGUGAUUCAUUGCUGAUAUUUUGCAGACGCUACUAUUUGAUUUUUUUUUUUUUUUUGUGUGGAGUUCUUAACACUAAAAUGUCAAAUGUGUAUAUGUCUUCUUUUGUGACUUUUGCCUUGCAGAUAUUUGGCAACCAUUUCUAGCAAAUCUUUUCUUGUGUCCAUUGGUUUGAGCAGAAUUCAUCAUUCAAAUCUUACAUCCAAAUCAAAUACGUUAUCAUUUAUGUUGACAAUCUUAACCCAUGUUUGAUAAUGUUGGAUAAUCUAUGAAUAUGUCCUCGAAUCAUCAACGUUCACAACUCCUGAAAGUACAAAUUAGGGGUGGGCAAGUGGUGCGACCGCACCGCACUACAUGUUAUUUGGACCGCACCACACAUUAAAUCGCAAUUUUAUUGGUGCGGUCAAGCCAAACCAUUUAGAUUGGCGGUUUGGUGCGGCUUGGACCGCUCCGCAUAUUGAACUGCAAUGUACUAUGAACUAAUUAAUCCAAUAACAAUAAUUAAUCCUAUUGACCUGCUGUAUUUUUGGUUCAGCACUUCAGCCGUUUAAUCCCCUGGCUUAAUGCCUCCCAUAAUAAUUAAUAAAAAAAUUAAACGAUUCAAUUUCCCAAUAACACUAAUUAAUCCCAAUUUCCCAGAGGCGUUCAAGAAUAAGUAAACGAAUCAAAGAAAAAAAGACUACGGCCGGUCGGAAGUGAACUGCUCGGAUCUUGUUUCCUUUCUCGAAGAUAUUGUCGUCGUUGGCGUCGACAACAGAGGUGGAACUGCCGCGACAACAACUGGACGAUGAGAUAUUCUCUGAAGAUAUAUUUUCACAAGCAUCACCUCCGGACCGGCAUCCGGUGGCGGACGAAAGAGAAGAAGUUAAUAAACCAAAUUUGAAUUU